AUGGGGCGUUUGCCAGUCACAAGGAACGGGAACCGUUACCUCCUUGUUCUUAUAGAUUAUUUUACAAAAUGGCGCGAGGCCAUACCUAUCGAAAAUCCGGAUGCGGCAACGGUUGCGACAGCCAUCGUAAAUGAGUGGAUUGCCUGCUAUGGAGCACCGCUGUCACUGCAUUCAGACCAAGGCGCCGUCUUCGAGAGUCACCUGCUUCAGGAAGUGUGUCGACUGCUCUCGGUGAGGAAGACACGCACCACAUCGUAUCAUCCACAAGGGAAUGGAUUAGUAGAGCGCACCAACCGAAUCAUAAAAGGGAUUUUGCAGAGCUUCCUGGAGCGGCACCAGUCAGAUCGAUGGGACGAAGCGAUUCCACAAUGCAUGAUGGCGUAUCGAUCGUCUUUGCAUGCAACCAUGGGGUAUUCUCCAGCCUUCCUGACGUUUGGUCACGAGCUUCGUUUGCCUCUUGAGCUGAUAUCCCCUAUUCCCCCAACCGAGGCUUGUUCCCUCUUAGACUACGUACGACAGCUUGGCGAACGUCUUCGAUCAGCCUUUCUGUGUGCGGGAGAACACGCAAGGAUAGCACAGCAUCGUCAGAACGUAUGUUAUGAUCGGCACAGUAGGGGUCCUGAAUAUCACAUUGGAGAUCGCGUAUGGUUACACCGACCAAGACCUCCGACUGGCGCAGCAGCGAAGUUUCAGCGACAGUGGCAGGGGCCGUACGAGAUUGUGUUCGUCCGUUCACCCACGGCGUAUGUUGUCCGAGAUGUCGCGCAACCAAAUUCCGACGUUCUGACCGUGCAUUACCAUCAGCUGAAACCAACGGGAUCUUCAGCCUCUACUCCGAAGGAGGAAGUCGUUCCACCCGGAUGCCCCCCGAUCGUAGAACAAACUGUGGAGAUACCCCCCGAAGGCGGCUCGGCGAGUAUUCAGGGCACCGAGACACUGAGGACAGUGUCUUCGCCGGAAGGGGGAGUG